AUGGGAGUUCAGGUUUUGUCUUAUUCGGACCGAUGGAAGUGGAGUGCAGACCCAGCUGGUAUGUUUUCUGUUAAAUCUGUUAAAAGAUUGUUGAAAGAGGAGGAGGAGGUUCAAGGUAGUUCUUUCAUUUUGAGUUGGUGUAAAUGGGUCCCCGCUAAGGUUAACAUUCACGCGUGGAGGAUGGAGAUGGAUAAAGUCCCUACCGCCGAAGCCUUAACAAAGAGAAAUAUUGGUAUCACCGCCUCCUUAUGCCCGAUGUGUAAUUCGGAAGAAGAAACGGUCGAUCAUGUGUUUAAUACGUGCAUUAUUGCCGCGAACGUUUGGAACGGUGUUAGUGUUUGGUGUAAGAUACCAAACAUUUUCGCCUUUUAUCUCAAAGACCUCCUUUCUAUUUUAAAGACCUUGACGUAUCGGAGAAGAAAAAGGACGCGGUUCAAGGAAUUAUUUUGA